AUGAAUGAUGAUGAAAUCAUUUUGGUGAAUGCAACUGUAUGGAAGAACUUCCUUUGGCGACGGCAUUCACAUACGUGUAUUCCAAUUCAGCAGUCAUUACCCGAUAAAGUGGAUUUGCUACAGCUGCAAAUUCUAUUCUCUGUUCUUUAUUUUUUGGUUUGGAUUGUUGCGGUCUCUGGGAACGCACUUGUUUUGUAUAUUGUUACGAUCAAACAGGUCUCUUUAUCAGUUAGAACCAUAUUUAUUGGGAGCUUGGCGAUCAGCGAUAUUCUGAUGUCUUUGACGAGCUUACCCGUGACUGCGGUGACAAUUUUCACUAGAGACUGGGUUUUUCCGUCGAUAUUUUGUCGACUAAUUGGUGUGUUCCAGGGAGGAAGUAUAUUCGUAUCAAGUUUUACACUCACAGUUAUCGCAGUCGAUCGUUUACUGCUUAUCAUCUAUCCGAGUAAAGAGAUAAUAACGUUCGAGCGAGCACUUGCAAUUGUUAUCAGUAUCUGGGCCAUUGGCUAUUCAUUCUCAUUACCAAAUGGUAUUUUCUCAAGAACUGUUCGAUAUUACCCAUAUUGUGGUACUUUUUGUGAGGAGGCUUGGCCUGACUCGAAUGUAGAGGACGGUUCAAAACUUGGUCGAAUAUAUGGCACAGCUGUGAUGGUUCUACAAUUUGGAGUACCCGUACUAAUCAGCUCAUUUUGCUAUUGGCGAAUCAGUAGGGUGAUCUCACAACAGAUUGAGAAACGUCGAGAGCAACAAAUUUUACUGAAGGAAAGCGAACAAAAGUUGACAAGUCGAAGGACCAGAUCUAAUAGGAUGAUGGUUUGCAUGGUACUCGGCUUGGUACUGGCUUGGUUACCGCUCAACCUAAUAAAUUUGUCGCGAGAUUUCAACGGAGUUAGUGCCUGGUUCUCGACAAUAUUUGCGCUUUGUCAUGUGAUAGCAAUGACAUCGGCGGCCUGGAAUCCAGUUAUAUAUAGUUGGUUUAAUCCACAGUUAAGGAGAGCACUGAUAACGAUGUUUAAUGAUGCGUCAUCGUCGAAUAAAGAACGGUUGCCGUUGGUUAAUGUUUUGCAAGUGACCAAAUGA